GUUCAACUGUUAUAAAACGGUUUGACGCAAAUGAGAAGCGUGCUAGUCUGCAGCAGCGUUAACUUUCUACUUGUAGGUCCUUCAAACCAUCUACUACCUCCUGUGUGUUAUUAGAGCAGUAAUCGAUUGCAACGCCGAGAAGGCAGAUUUCGAACCCAACAGAAGAUUCUCAUCGUUGCCGAGCUAUUACCGGGAGUCGAUUUUGCACAAUGUGUGCGACAUGGUCUAUGCCACUGCCAUGUUCCCGAUCAGCGUGCACAUUGCGCCUCUGCCAUUCCUGCUUGUCGACAGCUUACUUGUUUGCCACCGUUAUCCUAGCAAACUCUCUGGAGCAACGCGCAUCGCAUUCUUAGCGAUCAUCUACGACGCUUCGUAUAUAUUUUUGUUAGAAUAA